GUGAAGCCGGUUACAUCAGUUCUGCGAAAUGCAGUGCUGAAGGUGGCAAUGAGGAAAACGUGCCCUUGUUUCAGUAGCACGAUCUUCCCCGUCAUUGUCCACGCAGUAAACUGCUAAUUACUAGGCGGACCGCAUAGUGAACAUAUACGCUUUUACUUCGAAAUUUAGUUUUCAGUGGCGGUUUGUUAGUGUGUUACAUUUGUGCGUCUAGUAUGAGCGUAGUGUGUCUGGUGUGCAGCCUGCUACUGGUGUGUGUAAAUUCUCUACCUCCGCCAUGUGAAAGCAACAUCUACUGUCACGGAGAGCUGCUGCAUGCGGUACAGAUGUCAAAUGUGUUUCCCGAUUCCAAGACUUUUGUAGACAUGAAAAUGAAAUAUCCUAAGAACGAGAUAUGGCAACGAUUUCUAAAACUGAUGAACACAACUUACAAUAAUCCAAACAGGCAAGAUAUUUUCAGAUUUGUGAAUGAAGCGUUUGAUCCACCAGGCAGUGAAUUUGAAGAAUGGGAUCCUCCAGACUGGACUCCUCAUCCCAAGUUUUUAGAAAAGAUCAAAGACUCUGUUCUGCAGAAGUGGGCAACACAUCUACAUCACUUCUGGAAAGAACUCGGUAGAAAGAUGAAAGAUGAGGUGUAUAACAAUACAGAGUUUUACUCUAUCAUCUACGUUCAACAUCCUGUGAUUGUGCCCGGGGGCCGUUUUCGAGAGUUCUACUACUGGGACUCAUACUGGAUAGUUAGGGGUCUCCUGCUAUCAGAAAUGCAUAACACUGUCAAAGGCAUGCUGGAAAAUUUCCUCGGCAUGGUCAAUAAAUAUGGUUUCAUUCCAAAUGGAGGACGUAUCUAUUACAUGAGGCGAUCUCAACCGCCUCUGCUGAUACCAAUGGUGAAAAGCUACAUAGACGCAACAAAAGAUGUGGAAUUCCUGAGAGAGAACAUUGACACCAUGGAAGAGGAGUUUCAAUACUGGAUGAGAAACCAUUCAGUUAUGGUUCCAAAGGAUGGGAAAGAGUACAAACUGGCUCAUUAUUGGGCUCCAUCAUCCGGGCCCCGUCCGGAAUCAUAUAGGGAGGAUUAUGAAAAUGCCCAAGUGUUCAAAACAGAAGCUGAGAGACAAAAUCACUACAUUCAACUGAAGACUGCUGCAGAAUCAGGCUGGGAUUUCUCUUCACGCUGGUACAUAAAGGAUUCUACUGACAAAGGCAACAUAAGUGACACCAUGACUCAGUAUAUCCUCCCUGUAGAACUCAAUGCCAUACUCUGCUGGAAUGCUCAACUCUUAUCAGAGUUCUAUGAUACCUUGGACAUGCCCCACAAGAUGGCUGAGUACAGACGCUUGGCAGAAUCAUGGCAGGAGGCAGUAGAGAAUAUCCUUUGGCAUGGAGAAGUGGGUAUAUGGCUGGAUUAUGAUCUACUAAAUCAGAUCAAGCGUAACUACUUCUAUCCAACAAAUUUGGCCCCCUUGUGGACUGGCUGCUUUAAGAGAAAGUUGUUGCAAGUUGGAAAAAUUAUGAAGUACCUAGAGCAGUCACAGAUCAUGAUGUACCUCGGGGGCAUUCCAACAUCAGUAGAACAUACUACUGAACAGUGGGACUAUCCCAAUGCUUGGCCUCCGCUCCAGUAUAUUGUGAUCAUGGCUCUGGAAGCUACAGAAGACGUUUGGGCUCAGAAGCUGGCUGUGGAAUUUACAAGGAAAUGGGUUCACUCCAAUUUUAAGGCAUUCAAUGAAUCACAUGUGAUGUAUGAGAAGUAUGAUGCAACACUCCCUGGUGGACAUGGCACCGGUGGUGAAUAUGUGAACCAGAUUGGGUUUGGCUGGACAAAUGGUGUGAUAUUGGAGCUACUGGACAAGUACAGCCAAAUUUUAACAGUGAAAGAUAGCUUCUUCAAGACUGAACAGGGGCAGCCACAUUUUCCACAGCAUGACAAGUCUGGAUCAUCUUCAUUUGUAGCACAUGUAAUAAUACUGACCCAUUUCUGCUGCUGGGUACUUCUUGUGUCAUGAUUACACAUGUCUUUUGUAAGGUCUAUUUAAAAGUUGAUUGUCCUAUUGCUAUUUCCAGAUGACAUCCAUUGAUCUCUCUUUAUACUGCUGUAUGUGCACAAGGGGUACAUGCAAUUUCAGUUCAUUCUUUUCAUGCCAUCUCUUCUACAUUGCAAUAUGUUAUAACAGAUUGACAGCAAAUCAAUUCUGCUUAAACAGUAUGCUUACACACACAGGGACAACCAAGAGCAUACUCUGUGAUGUAAAUAUGCAUGGAAUGUUACAAUCAUUACACAAAUCCCUGAUGAAGGAAACAGAGACAUUCUCAGAAACAUGAGAUGUUCCUAACCUCAUACUGACACCACUGACUUCCCAAGAAGAUUUGCAUAUAAUAACCACGAAAGCUUCAAGUCAUGUAAAGUAUAUGAUAUAAAUUCCGUCCUAAGUGUAACAAUUUAUUGUAGGUCUUUCAUUUUGCCUUCUUCUACACUACA